GUGAAUCCUUUUUCAGUGCAUGAAAAUCCCAACUGGUUCGUUUCUCCAUUUUCAGAGCUUCCAUUCCUCUGCAAAUUUUAAAGGUUCAUCAUGGCGGAACCUCUUCUAGACAAACAGAAGGAAGAACCUGAAUCAUCUUCAUCCAGCAUUGGACAGGCCGGUCUCUUCAGCAAAUUGAUUUUUUCUUGGAUUAAUCCUUUACUUUCAUUGGGUUAUUCGAGGGCGUUAACUCUUGCGGAUGUUCCUCCUCUUGAUUCGGAGGAUGAAGCAGAGUUUGCUUACCAAAGAUUUUCCGAUGUUUGGGAUUCACUCUUGAGAGAAAAAGGUUCUUCCGGCUCUGGGAACUUCGCUUUUCAGGCCAUUAAGAAGGUGCACAUGAACGAAAAUGUUUUGAUAGCGUUUUACACUCUUCUAAGAACACUUUCUGUUGUAGUUUCUCCGCUUAUUUUGUUUGCUUUUGUUGAAUAUUCGACUGGUAAUGAAAGGAAUUUGAGAGACGGUGUUACGAUUGUAGGGCUUUUGAUUGUGUGUAAGGUGUUUGAGUCUUUAGGGCAGAGGCAUUGGUUCUUUGAGUCUAGAAGGUCAGGGAUGAAAAUGAGGUCGGCUUUGAUGGCGGCAGUGUAUAGGAAAUUGUUGAAGCUUUCUAGUCUAGGGAGGAUGAAUCACUCUGCUGGAGAGAUUGUGAACUAUAUUGCUGUUGAUGCUUAUAGAAUGGGGGAGUUUCCAUGGUGGUUUCAUACAGCUUGGGCUUCAGGGCUGCAACUUGCUCUGUCCAUUGCUGUGCUGUUUUGGGUGGUGGGUGCUGGAGCUUUCCUUGGUUUGGUUCCUCUUAUAAUCUGUGGAUUCCUGAGUGUGCCUUUUGCUAAGUCAUUGCAGAAGUGUCAGUUCCAUUUCAUGGUUGCUCAGGAUGAGAGGUUGAGGUCCACUUCUGAAGUGCUUAACAACAUGAAGAUCAUUAAGUUGCAAUCAUGGGAAGAAAAGUUCCAGAGCUUGAUCGAUUCGCUUCGUGAAAAGGAGUUCAAAUGGUUAAAAGAAAUGCAGAUGCAGAAGACUUAUAACUCCAUAUUGUAUUGGAUAUAUCCCACUAUUGUGUCUGCUGUUGUUUUCUAUGGAUGUGUUCUCUUCCAGAGCUCUCCUUUGAAUGCAAGCACCAUUUUUACUGUGCUUGCUACUCUGAGAACAGUGUCAGAACCUAUGAGAAUGCUACCAGAAGCUCUUUCAAUCUUGAUCCAAGUCAAGGUCUCCUUUGAUAGGCUUAACACAUUUUUACUUGAUGAUGAGCUGAACAAAAAUGAAGUCAUUGAAAACUCAUCAAAUGAUCUUGAUAAGAUGAUCAAAAUUCGAAAUGGUAACUUUGCGUGGGAUCCGGAGUCGGGGACUUUAACGCUGAAAGAAGUUGAUUUGGAUAUAGAAAGAGGACAGAAAGUUGCUGUAUGUGGAUCAGUUGGAGCUGGAAAAUCCUCUCUUCUGCUUGCCAUACUUGGAGAGAUACCUAAACUUACUGGAAGUGUUCAGGUAAAGAGAUCAAUAGCCUAUGUUUCACAGACCGCUUGGAUCCAGAGUGGGACAAUCCGUGAAAACAUACUGAACGGGAAGCCGAUGGACACGGGCAGGUAUAAGAAUGCCAUAAAAGCCUGUGCUUUGGAUGAGGACAUCGAUAGCUUUGACCAUGGAGAUCUUUCAGAAAUUGGGCAGAGAGGCCUUAACAUGAGUGGAGGACAGAAACAGAGGAUUCAACUUGCCAGAGCUGUCUAUAAUGAUGCUGAUAUUUAUCUGCUUGAUGAUCCCUUUAGCGCAGUCGAUGCUCAUACGGCUGCAACACUUUUUGAUGAAUGUGUCAUGACUGCUCUAGAUAAGAAAACCGUCGUUCUUGUGACUCAUCAAGUGGAAUUUCUUUCUGAAGUCGAUAAAAUUCUGGUGAUUGAGGGAGAGAAAAUAACUCAAUCAGGAAGUUAUGAGGAUCUGUUGACCACUGGGACGACUUUCGAAAAGCUUGUGAAUGCUCACAAAGAUAGCUUAAUAGCAUCUGACACUUCCAAGAGCGAAAACCCGAGAGGUUUUGAAAGAGUCGACACCAUGAGAUGUGAAAAAAGUGAUAAAGAGAAUAUAAGAAGCAAAAACAUAUGUGGAGUGCAAUUAACAGAAGAAGAAGAGAAGGAAAUGGGUGAUGUUGGGUGGAAACCAUUCUGGGAUUAUAUCACUGUCUCCAAGGCAUCUCCUCUUUUGUAUUUAAGUGUAAUUAGUCAAUGUGGUUUUGUUGUCUUUCAGGCAGCUGCAACGUAUUGGCUAGCCAUUGCCAUUAACUUCCCUCACAUCAGUAGUACAACGAUGAUAGGAAUCUAUGCGGCUAUUUCAGUUUUUAGUGCAUUGUUUAUAUAUUGUAGGUCCCUUUUGGCAGCUCUUUUUGGUUUAAGAGCAUCUAAAGCCUUCUUCAGUGGUUUCACAAAUUCUAUCUUCAAUGCUCCAAUGUCAUUCUUUGAUGCAACCACAGUAGGACGGAUCUUGACUCGUGCUUCCACAGAUUUGAGUGUUUUGGAUUUCGACAUACCGUUUUCCGUCAUCUUUGUAGUCACUGGUGCUAUGGAUCUUCUUGCAGUCAUUGCAAUUGUGGCUUUCGUAACGUGGGAAGUUCUCCUCAUCGCCAUUCCUGCUAUUGUAGCUUCGACUUACGUUCAGAGUUAUUAUCUACCCUCUGCCAGGGAGCUUAUGAGAAUCAAUGGGACAACGAAAGCACCUGUAAUGAAUUGUGCAGCAGAGACAUCACUUGGAGCUGUCACUAUCCGAGCUUUCGACAUGACAGAAAGAUUCUUUCAGAAGUUUGUCAAGCUCAUCGACACGGAUGCAAGUCUUCUUUUCCACUCGAAUGCAACCACAGAGUGGCUUGUGUUGAGGAUAGAAACACUGCAAAAUCUCACUCUCGUUGCUGUUGCAUCUCUCCUUGUUUUGCUUCCCCGGGCUCAAACCACUGAUCCAGGACUUGUGGGGCUCUCUUUUUCUUAUGCUUUAUUCUUGUCAAUUAUCUACAUUUUCAUGGCGAGAUUCUAUUGUUAUCUUUCAAACUACAUCAUUUCCGUUGAACGGAUCAAGCAAUAUAUGCAUUUGCCAGUAGAGCCUCCAGCAAUCAUGGAGAAAAGCAGGCCACCAUUGUCAUGGCCUACCAAGGGAAGGAUAGAGCUGAAAUGUCUAAAGAUAAAAUAUCGUCCAAAUGCUCCUCUUGUUCUCAAGGGAAUUACAUGCACCUUCCAAGAAGGAACAAGAGUAGGAGUUGUAGGAAGAACAGGAAGUGGAAAAACAACUCUAAUAAGUGCUUUGUUUCGUUUGGUGGAGCCCGAGCACGGUAGAAUCAUCAUCGACGGGGUCGAUAUAUGUUCCAUCGGUUUAAAGGAUCUAAGAAUGAAGCUCAGCAUCAUCCCACAAGAGCCAACACUUUUCAGGGGCAGCAUUCGCACAAACUUAGACCCUCUAGGCCUUUACUCUGAUGAUGAGAUAUGGAAGGCAUUGGAGAAGUGUCAACUAAGGGACGUUGUCAGCCGCCUACUGAACCGGCUCGACUCCUCCGUGAGCGAUGAAGGAGAGAACUGGAGCGUGGGACAACGCCAACUUUUCUGUCUUGGACGAGUUUUACUCAAACGAAACAGAAUCCUUAUCCUCGACGAGGCUACGGCCUCCAUCGACUCUGCAACCGACACCAUUGUGCAAGGAAUUAUAAGGCAGGAGUUCUCAGAAUGCAGUGUUAUAACAGUAGCUCACAGAGUUCCCACAGUGAUUGACAGUGACAAAGUCAUGGUCCUGUCCUUUGGACAUUUGGUUGAGUAUGAAGAGCCGUCUAAGCUUAUGGAAACCAACUCCUAUUUCUCCAGACUUGUAGCUGAGUACUGGGCCAGCUCCAGGAGAGACUCUUCCCAUUUACCCAAUCAAUUUUCAAUUUAGUCCCUCUUAUAUAAAAUGUUUCGAUUUGAUCGUUCGUAUAUCAACAUUUUUCAAUUUAGUCCUUAUUGUUGAACGUAUAAUACUUUGAAAUGGCUCUAUCUAUUUCACGUGAGGUUCGAUUUCCUAAUUCAAGACCCAAUCAGUAGACACCACAUUCGUAGU